AUGUGGAUUCAUAAUGGGGAGGGAAGAAGCAUGUCCCGUCUGUCUCUAACACGGUCCCCAGUUUCUCCUUUGGCUGCUCAAGGAAUUCCUCUCCCAGCUCAGCUCACCAAGUCGAACGCUCCCGUGCACAUCGAUGUAGGAGGACACAUGUACACCAGCAGCCUGGCUACCUUGACAAAGUACCCAGACUCCAGAAUAAGUCGUCUGUUUAACGGCACAGAGCCUAUUGUCUUGGACAGUUUAAAACAACAUUAUUUCAUUGAUCGAGAUGGUGAAAUUUUCAGAUAUAUAUUAAGCUUCCUAAGGACAUCUAAGCUACUGCUCCCAGAUGACUUUAAGGACUUUAAUCUUUUAUAUGAAGAAGCAAAGUAUUACCAGCUGCAGCCAAUGAUUAAGGAACUUGAGCGAUGGAAACAAGAGAAAGAACAAAGGAAACAUUUCCAGCCUUGUGACUGCUUGGUUGUAAGAGUGACUCCAGAUCUGGGGGAAAGAAUUGCAUUGAGUGGGGAGAAAGCUCUAAUAGAAGAGAUCUUCCCAGAGACCGGGGACGUCAUGUGCAACUCUGUAAACGCAGGCUGGAACCAGGACCCUACCCACGUUAUUAGGUUUCCUUUGAACGGAUACUGCCGGUUGAAUUCAGUGCAGGUGCUCGAAAGAUUAUUUCAGAAGGGAUUUAACGUGGCAGCUUCAUGCGGUGGUGGGGUGGAUUCCUCUCAGUUCAGUGAAUACGUGCUGUGUCGCGAAGACAGACGACCACAACCUACCCCAACAAUCAGAAUAAAACAGGAGCCCCUGGACUAGACCCUACCUGUACUCCUUUGUAACCGUAGAAGUGUUCAAUAGUCCCUUAUGUGAAACACUAAGGAUUUGCGAAACAGUAUUAGCAAACGGAUCUUGACUUUAUGUUGCCAAUUAGUGGUAUUCUGAAACUACCUGUCACAUAGCCAGCCAUGAAAUGCAUUUGAAAAACCAGUUGUCCGUUUUUCACGAUGAAAUUCCUGAGCAUGCUCAGCGUACCAGCCCUGCUGGGAACAUACUUUGGGCUGAACAGCCGUGGUGGUGAAAAAGGCAAAGCUUCAUAAACCCCGACCCUAGACUGGACUUCUGUGGAAAGACCAAUUAAAGCAAUUUGAAUAGAUGAGCAGGCGAAACGGUUGCGACAGCCUUUCCAGCGAUACCCCGGUGCUGUGACGCGUGGAAGUGGGCACCUCCGAGAGGAAGACAGUACACUAGAAACUGCACUGAGUAUCUGCCCUGACUGCCGCAUCUCCUUCAUAUCAGACGUGCUUUACACCUCCAUACGUUAUGUUACACUUCCGUGAUUGUACUCACUCAUGCUAGCAAAUGGCUUAUUUUUAUACAACAUUUCCAACUGAAAUAUCUCUCUGUGGACAGAAUCCAGAAUCAGAAAAGGACCGAUUUAUAGUCAACUGGUGC